GUUGAACGUUCGCAGCCAAUCAGAUCAUUGUUGUCCACGCGUUGUUAUGGGGCUCGGUUCAAUUCACAAAAAGACCUUGAAACUUUGGCCUUUUUGUCUCACCCCCAGUCAGAUAAACGUGUUUUAACGUGGUUUAAACUUUAAAAAUGUCCCACACAGACCGACUGGCCGCUUUACGAGAGCAUAACAAAGAUUUAUUGAACCAACUGAAGCAGCAGAGAGAGAAACUGGAGCGUCUGAACGGUACCGGUCGGAGCCGCAAGAGGGAGGGAGAUGACGAGGCGGAGGAGAGGAGACAGCCUGAAGAGAUAGUGACCCGGACCGAUGGGGACCGCGGUCCUGCCAUGGCCGCCCUGGCCAAACCUACCGUGAGAUUUGCGGAAACAUGUGAGAGACAAACAGGCAUCUGGCGUACUGUUUCCACGCCAUCUCUGACCUCCAGUUAUAGUGGAGGGACUGCUCAACAUACAGACCAAUCAGACGUUUUGAAAGUCGGUGACAGACAUCCUCGAGUCCAGGAUGGGCUAUGGGAAACGAGGCCACACAGCACCAAAUCGUCUUUAGUAAAUCACAGCAAAGAACAGAGGGAGGUGCGGAGUCGAGUCACAUUUGAGUCUGACGAAUGUGAAGAGAUACCAGCCUCUGACAGGCAUCAUUUGCAGCCCUUACUUGGAUAUGACUGGAUAGCAGGAGUCCUGGAUGCUGAGGACUCCUUGAUAGAGCGCUCUGACGAGUUCUUUAGUGACCUGCGCGUGUUUCGAUCGAUCCAUAAAGACGAGUGUGUCAACCCACAAGCAGACUCUCUUCAUAGAUUUUCUGAGGAGAACCAUUCAGGGCUGCCGCUGCUCACAGAUAAAGAUGUCCCAGAAGCUAUCACAGACACUCAUCAAUGUACGUUCUCUUACAGGAUUAAUAGCAGACUAUUCCCUGUCCCGCGUCACUCUCAGGAGUACUGUCCUGUGUGCAAAAAGCACAAAUCUUCCCACCCUCACACUACUGCUCAACCAGCUCUUAUCAGGGUCAGCAUCCCUCGCUCCACCCUCUUGCCACCUUACAAGUACAAAGCUCAUCGGCGAUGCAGCUUUGACCCUUCUGAUAGUUUGGGGUUACCAUCGCACUGUCUCUCAGGCUGGUCGCACACAGGUCAGAGCACCCUCCCACCACCCAGCAGCCUCGAUCUGCGGAGCAGUUUGAAUACGAAAAGCUCCACAGGGUCACAGAAUAAGGAACUGGAGGAUCUCUCUGUGCCUAAAGUGUCUGCUAACCUGAUCACAAAUGUGUCACAGUUGGCUCGUCACAACUUCCGACACUUCUCUCCCAAAAAAAAACUAUGAGGCACAUCACAUCUUACCCAGUGUGCUGACAAACCAUCAGUCUAUUUUUAUGUGAUCAUCGUAGUUCCUGUUAGCCAUUUGAAGCCAACCAAAAUGAUCUCCCAUUUUUAUGUUAAUGUUUUAACUAUAUGUUUUGUUUUGUUUUUUGUCCAAUAAUUCUUUUGUGGCAUGUGUCUGGUUAACAUCGAUUUUUUUUCUUAAACAAACAGUGGUCUUGAUAAAGAAUGCCAAGAGUGCAAUAUUUCUAAGUGCCUGAUCUUAAAUUGAUCCUAAAUAUGAGAUAAUUUGUUUUCAAGAAUGCACUGAGCUAGAGACUGAAAUGCUUAAUGUAAGGUUGUUUUCUGUUCAUUUAUUCAUAAAUAAUAUGAAUAAAAGCAUGCUAGUUUAAUAAAAUGGGAAUAAUUUACAUGGCAGCGCAGCGUAUUCAAUGUUUACAGGAGUUAAAUUUAGUUCUUCAUUUUUCUGAACAUGUGACUGUCAGCAGCCUUGUGGACAUGAAGCAAGAUCCUAUCGUUCAACACGGUGGAAAAGAUGGAAUAUGUGCCAUGUAUAGAAUUGGAUAGUGAAGUUAAAUUUCAGUUUGCGUUGUAAAUUUCACAAUAGUAAGGAAGUCAUUUUGAAUGAUCUCUCCUGCUCAGAGGCACCAGUUUAUGUUUCACUUUCCAGCUUUUUGCUUUGGCUCCCAGGUUCUUGCAUACUUCUGUUUUUAACUUCCUUUGACAGUUCUUUACUUUGUUCCUGUGAACGCUGUAGAAACAAAGGCAGUAUGUACUAUACAGAUAUUGCAAUACACAGGAAACC